CUCUCCGCGGGCACCUCGCGUCCCAGCGGGCCUUGCGACGCCCUCUUCGUCCAUCUUGGAUUCGGCUCCAGGUUCAGCCGCUGCUGGAGACACCUCUCCGCCUCGCACCGUCGCGAUGCCUGGAAGACUAUGGUCCAAAGCUGUGUUCAGCGGCUAUAAGCGUGGCCUCCGCAACCAGAGGGAACACACUGCACUCCUGAAGAUUGAGGGGGUGUACUCUCGCAAUGAAACCGACUUCUACCUGGGCAAGAGGUGUGCUUAUGUCUACAAAGCAAAGAAUAACACCGUCACCCCUGGUGGUAAACCAAACAAGACUCGUGUCAUCUGGGGAAAGGUAACACGUGCUCAUGGCAACAGCGGAAUGGUCCGCGCCAAGUUCAGCAGCAACCUACCCGCAAAGGCCAUAGGACACAGAAUCCGUGUGAUGCUGUAUCCUUCAAGGAUUUGAAGCACAGUUGUACAUAAGUGAUUAAUAAAUCAUCAAUAAAAAUAUUAAAUUGUU